GGUUGAUGAUGCUGUUUGUGUUCGUUAGUUACUGAUUAGCAGUUCGAUCGAAACAAACGAUGUUCUUCUUGAAAUGUACCUUUCUGCUUCUCAUGUUUUCAACUUUUCGUGCAAUUUUUGGAGAUGAUUGUGGCCAGCGGACAGCAUUGACUCGUCAGUUAGUUCACUUUGGAAACCAAUCACGCUUGGGAGAGUGGCCAUGGCAUGUUGGUUUGUUCCACAGGAUGAACAGAGCUUCACCUAGUUACGCAUGUGGUGGAACUAUUCUCACUAAAAACUGUGUCAUUACGGCUGCUCAUUGCACAUACCCGCAGUCCAGAGUGCGUCCAUUGUUUGCUUCGGAAAUACUAGUUCGAGCUGGAAUUGCUAAUAUACAACAGCUGGAACAUUCACUUCAGCAGUUUUCCGUCGCUGAGAUUCUGCGGCAUGAAGAAUACAAUACGGAUUCUUUGGAAAGUGACAUCGCGCUGCUGAAAUUAGCGGGAUCAUUUGAAUUCACGGAUUAUGUCAAACGGAUUUGCUACUGGAUUGGUGGUGAUGGAGAAGAGUUGAUCAUCGGAAAAAAUGGAAUGAUUGUUGGUUGGGGUAAAGAUGAGAACGAAGCACUUCCGGACAUUUUGCAACAUGCAAUAAUGCCGAUAGUAUCGAGAAAAAACUGUCGUGAUAGUGAUCCUGUUUAUUACCCGAAAUUCUUAUACGACAGGAAAACAUUUUGUGCUGGCUAUCGCAAUGGAACAUCUGCCGGACUUGGUGAUAGCGGAGGGGGUUUGUAUAUCGAAAUCGAUGGAAAGUGGCGUUUACGGGGAAUUGUAAGUAACGGUAAACUAAAUCCCACAACUCUUUUACUAGAUACGAAGAGCUACGUAGUGUUUACUGAUGUUGCAUACUAUAGGUCAUGGAUUAAUCAAAAAGUACCCCAAUUAAACGCAUCACAUCACGAAGAUUCUACUGGGCACCAAUUCAGUAAAUGCGGAAAAAUCAAACAAACUGAAUUUUCUCGCACCGGCUUCAAAGAAGACCGAAAGUGGCCUUGGAAAGGUGAAGUUUAUAAGAAUGGAAAACCACCUUCCAGACUUUGCGAAGUUGCAAUUAUAAACCCCCUGUUUGUGUUAUCUCCUGCUGAGGUUUACAGUCCUGAAGACGUAAUCAAUCCAUCGCAGCUUCUUAUAGUUUUCAAGGUUAUAAGAAAUUAUGAAGGAAAACCAUUUCAUCACUCAAAAGUAAGAAAGAUCAGUCCCCAUGAAAACUUUGAUCGACAGACAAGAAUGCAUAAUAUAGCUCUACUACAGCUAAAGGAUUCCUUACAAUUCACUGAACUUCUACGCCCAAUUUGUCUCUGGGAAAUGGAACCUCCGAAAUUCGAUAUUUCAAAUACUGAUGGUUAUUUAGGAGAAUUCAACAGUUUAAUUGGGCCUCAUGAUGAAUGUGUCAAUGUCUACAAUAUUUCUCAGUCAUUCUUAAACGAGCAUUCAUUGUGUAUCAUUAUAUCAAUAUAUAACUUUAGAGGAACGUUAGGAGAUCUCUUAUUUCUAAAAUAUAACGAUUCUUGGUAUCUUCGUGGAAUAUCUUUCAACAUGAUCAAACGAGAUUACGUAUAUUACAUAUUACUACUGGACGUUGCCUUUUAUAAAGAUUGGAUUAUAAAAAAAUCACUUACUCCGUCCCAGAACCUUCUCGCUAUUGAAAAUUGCUCAAGCGCUUCACCUGGCCAGUGGUUGUAUAAUAUUCGAAACAAUUAUGUACUUCAGUGCUUUGCUGCUCUAAUAUCACCGUCACUACUAGUAACAACAGCAUCCUGUGUCGAAGGAAUUCCUAUUACUAAAUUAUCAGUUGGUAUAACUGCAAAGGCACGAAAGGUUUAUCUACACCCUAGCUUCGACAAAUUGGAAUUAUCCAAUAACAUCGCUAUUGUAGAGUUGGAGCAACCUUUCGCAAACUCUCCAAUCUGUCUACCAAAAAGUGACGGGAAUAGUUCCCACUUAGAAUUACAGUAUCGACAUUGGCAGCCUGUCCUUCAAUUUGAUGAACAUUUCACAGUAAACUUUACAUCAUCUAAUGUUCGAUCCUGUGCCAGACGAUGGCAACGCGAGGGGGCGAAAGUGCACACCGACGGAGGUCACAUCUGCGGUCAGCUUUUGGGAUUCGAGAUCGGACCGAAAUAUCAGUGCAACGCCAAUCUGCACGGUUCACCGUUAGUGUAUGAAUCCGGUAACAAUACUUUUCUUAGGGGAAUCCUAGACAUUGGAAAGGGCAACCAUUGCGAACUGAAUGAUCUACCAGAGGUAUACAUCGAUGUGAGUUUCUACUCAGAAUGGAUUGCUGGUAUUGAGAAGACGAAUCGUGAAGGUUCGACGGCCCCUGCUGUAGAAAUCGAAACAACCGAAAGAGAAGAAUGGAGAAAAGGUAGUUGGUAGUAGUUGGAAAGAAAGUAACUCUAGUAACAAUUAAAGUACUAACGAGCUUCGAAAUGUGCUAUCAGGAAUUUAAAUAAAUUGACUCCAUUCAUCUCAUAUACUUAAA